AUGUCAGCCCUCGGCACCUCCUACUCCUCCAACGCCCCUCCUAGCAACCCGUUCGACUCCUCCUACGGGUCCGAGCCCGAUGAGCCCAAAGCCGCCGACAUCCGCAACAUCCACCUCUCCGAUCAUGUCCCCAUUAUCCUCUCCCACGCCUCCGCAAACUACUAUGCUUGGAAAACCUACUUCAAUCUCCUUUUCCGUGAGUACAACCUUCGUGAUCAUGUGGACGGUCUCGCCAAUUUCUUUGCCGGCGCCCACGACGCCAACUGGCUCGCCAUUGACGCUACCCUCAUCCGGUGGUUCUUCCUCACCGUCUCUCCGGACAUCUUCCACACCGUCGUUUGCGAUGGGGACGAUGCCUACACGGUGUGGACCAAGAUCAAUGGCCUCUUCACCGACAACAAGCUCCAACGGAUUGUUUUCUUGCAGCAGGAAUUUUUUGGGUGCCACCAGAACGACUCCACCAUCGACGCUUUCUGUCUCCGGCUCAAGACCCUCUCCGACGAGCUCAACGAUGUCGGGUUCAAGGUGGGCGACGAGCUUCUCCUCUCGACGCUCACCGCCGGCCUCAACGAGGACUUCGGCAACGCCGCCUCCAACCUCACCCUCAUGGCCAACCCUACUUACGAGCGGGCGGUGGCCUAUCUUCGCCUUGAGGAGCGGCGGAUGAAGCACCUCCGCACCCGCGCCGUCCACACCGCGCUCGCCGCCGGCUUCUCCACCGGCGCCUCUACACCACCCUCGGCGCCCCGUCCUCCGGCUGUCCCGCACCCUACGCCGGUGCCGCAGCCGCCCCAACCUCCGCGCACCGGUGGGAACGGCGGCAACCGUCGCCGCGGUCGCGGCGGCCAACGCCAAGGCGGCGGCAGUGGCGGUCAGGCUCCCCAGCAGCAGCCCCCGCCACCCUGGGCCGGUGGCUAUAACCCCUGGACGGGGGUCGUGCACGCAUAUAGCAUGCCCGUGCCGCGGCCCCCCGCCCCGGGCAUCCUCGGCCCCCGCCCUAGCGCUCACCAGGCGCUCCUGGCUGCGCCUGCCGGCGCAUAUGGCGCGUACGGCGCCCCUCCUGUCGCGCCCCCCUUCGGCGCUCCCGACGCGUAUGGCGCCCCCUACUACGACCCGGCCCUUCUAGCGGCACUGCAGCAGCCGCCGCCAUACUCAGGUGGUGGCGGCGAUUGGAUUAUGGACUCCGGCGCCACCUCCCAUAUGUCCGCUCAUCCGGGAACAGGUGGUGCCGCCUUCCUCUCCCGCGGCAGGUUCUCCUCCGCGCCGCCGCCCGCUGCUGGCCUUGGGUGCUCCGGCCACCCCGCCCGCCGCGCUCUCCUCCGGAUCGGGGCCAUCCGUGGCUCCCUCCUCCGGUUCGGCGCCUUCGUCGCCUGCAGCCGCGUCGACGUCGCCUACGUCGCCCCGCUCCUCUGCCAUGCAUGCUGGGCCGCAUGCUGGGCCAACGGCUGGGCCGGCCCCCACUGGCGCGGCCUCUCCUGGCGCCGCGUCGACCCCGCCUCGGUCGCCCGCCCCGACCCCGCCUCGGUCGCCCGCUGGCGCGAUCGCGGCCCCGGUGUCGCCUGGCUCUCCCGACGCCGUGGCCUCGUCCUCCGCCCGGCCCGCUUCUCCUGA